UGAUGUGAUGUCCCUUAUAUACCCCCGGACGAGGUCAUCUGGUAUCGACAGAGACAUGCAUACUUCAACUUCUGCCCAAAAGUCGAGUCCUUCAAAAAACAAAAAUAAAAGAGAUGGCACAUUCACCCCUUUUACGAACAGUGAUGCGAUCGAAGCUGGACUUCAGAAGUACAGCAUUGGUAAAUUAUGAGGUUACUAUCGAGGGUCUCGGUGCCAGCCUGGAGCUGCCCCCCAACAAAGAAUAUUUCGACGAAAAUCAAUGGACAGACCUUCGCAAAGAUUACGACUCUAAAUUAGUUCGGCAAGCCCAUCGAAACGAUUGUGAAAAGGCGUAUCUCGAUGUGAUCAAGUCAAAGAGGAGGCGCGAACCUACUAGGGUUGGUUGGGAUGGGCCGCGAUAUUACUUCAAUCUACUUCAGGCAUUGAAGAGCCUCGUUCCAAGGAACCUUGUGCAGCUCAAGAAAACGAUAGCCAAGUCCGGGUUUCUCGAAUGGAAACCUCCCUUGCUAUCAGACAAUCUUCUCUGUGAGCAGCUGGUUCCUGACCCUGUACCGUGUGGCCGCGUCUGCGUUGCAGAAGUAGGAAUUCUUGACAGGCGACUACUUCACCACGCCAUAUCUCCCAAGUAUGUUCCAAAGCCCCACUUCAAAAUGGAGAGAAAGAGACUAGCGAUCAAGUGCGUUGAAUUUGCCUCCUUCGUAGAGAAGCAAUUAGCGAGCGGGCACAGUAUUAUACCCCGUCCCGAGGACGAGUCAUCUGAUGAAGGCCUCCUGACUGAGAAUGAACCGUUUCCUCUCGGCCCUGGUAAAUCAAGCAAGCCCGGCAAGACUCUCGGUAAGCGGAAGCGCGGAAAUGACGCUCCAAAGAAUGUGCGAGCCAGGAAGAGACCCGCUUUCGUCAAGCUUUACGACUGCAAGGCGCACGACCGUGCUCAACUCAAGUCCCAGGGAAUGAACCGAUUUGCUUUGAUGCAGCAGAUAGUACCCCGUGUCGAGAGCCCGGCCAUAGAGCGAGUCAAAGGGACUACUACUAAAGACAACUCUGAUGUAUCAAUCUCUGUAGAUAUCGAAGAAGACCCUGCCAUGGAAGAACUCAGGGUUUACGGUAUCCCGCUGCCUGCGCGUUUGCCAGGCAGUCAAAUUGACGAGGAAGAGGAACCAGAAGAGUUGACGGCGGAGGAUAUAGGAAAAUACCGUUCUUGGAGAUCACGAGCGAGGCCCUUUUUCCAGGAGCGAGAUCGAUACAUGCAGCAUAGGCUGUACCGGGAACGAGCUUGCGAUCGUGAGAUAUCCUCCGCGGUUAUGUCUCUAGUGGGGUUCUGGGCCAAAAUAACAGCAUAG